AUGGCAAAAGCAGCAGAGUCUUUGGGAGAGCCAGGGACAACGUGGCCCAGGCCCCCGUUUGCAGGCCUUUCUGAUAUAUCCAUCUCACAAGACAUCCUCGUGGAAGGAGAAUUCACCAUUCCUAUGAGAUCUCACAUUCAGGAAUUUGACAGCUCCACGUUAAAUGAAUCUGUUCAGAAUACUAUUAUGCGUGAUCUAAAAGCUGUUGGGAAAAAAUUCAUGCAUGUUUUGUACCCAAGAAAAAGUAAUAGUCUUUUGAGAGAUUGGGAUUUAUGGGGCCCUUUGAUCCUUUGUGUGACACUUGCAUUAAUGCUUCAAAGAAGCUCUGUAGAUAGUGAAAAGGAUGGAGGGCCCCAGUUUGCAGAAGUCUUUGUCAUUGUCUGGUUUGGUGCAGUUACCACCACCCUCAACUCAAAACUUCUUGAAGGAAACUUAUCUUUUUUCCAGAGCCUCUGUGUGCUGGGUUACCGUAUACUUCCCUUAACAGUGUCAAUGCUGGUUUGCCAGUUGGUCCUUUUGGCCGAGCAGGGACCAAUAAACUUCAUGGUCUGGCUUUUUGUGGUGAUUGUGAUGUUUGCCUGGUCUAUAGCAGCCUCUACAGCUUUUCUUGCCGAUAGCCAGCCUCCAAACCGCAAAGCCCUCACCAUUUAUCCUGUUUUCUUGUUCUAUUUUGUCAUCAAUUGGAUGAUUCUCACCUUCACUCCCAAGUAA